AUGAGCCUAUGCUCAUCCAAUCCCACUUCAGAUUACUUUGAUCCAGUGACGGAAAGCGGUAGGUACUUCAUGUAUGGGAACAUAUAUUGUACCGAUUUUACCUAACUAACCUAUACCUUCACUCUUUCUGCUUUUCCAAGCUGAAGCCGCUGUGCAUAAGGUCCGCAACAAGGAUUUAGUACUUCCUCUUAGUACGGAUCGCGAUUUUUGCUUGGAUGGCACUUCUCGUACAGUUUCAUCAUAAUGAUAUUAGUUAUUUUCACGUUGAAAAGAGUCCUCCAGCUCUUCCUAGGACUCUUACCUAUCCUGAGGGACUCCUGCGAAAGACAAGCAAAUCCAGACUCUCCCAACAGCUAGAGCGACGCAUCACGGUCACACACAACGAAUUACCCAGAGAACGUAACCAGUAG